GAUACCAAAAUAGUAGCAUUUCUUGUGUAGCACAAAAUGGUUAGCUGCUACUGAAAUAAGCUUGUUUUUGUCUUCGAGUUUUUGUUUAUUGAUGUUUUUUAUUUACGGGAUGUCUCUAAAUAACGCUUCACCGUGCUUGCUGAGGCUGUUUAUCUUCCACUUGUCACAGAUCAGGAAGAAACCCUUCUACAUCAGUACCAUGUUUCCCCAAAGCAAUCAUCUACACUGUACACCUCGUCACUUUCAGUGCAAAAACCCGGCUCCAUUCGCUUCCCAGUUCCCAGCUGGUGUAACACAGUGUCGUACAGACACAGCAAAUCCGGGUCCUCCGACUCCUCCAACGUGCUGCUGCAUGAGCGGCUGCCAUAACUGCGUGUGGAUUGAGUAUGCAGAAGAGAUGCUGAAGUACUUCAGUGAUGGUGGAGAAAAAGCACUGGCUGCAAUGGAAGACCAUGUUCAUGACGAGAACCUCAAGGCUUACCUCAAAAUGGAGAUCAGGCUACUGAAGAGAUCCUGAUUUUUAUACUGUGUAUACCUUGGAUGACUUUUGUGUGUUCUGUGUAUUUCAAUGGACUUUUAAUAAAUUAUUCAGUUUGCAUUUGUGUUAAUGCAAUGAGCACUUGAAAGUAAAGACUUGCAUAAAUCAUCAAGUACUGAGCCUCCAUUGCACUGUAUAAUAUAUAUAGGCAUAUAAUACAGGGGCAGUGGUUGCUCAAGCAGUUAUGGCUCUGGGUUGUUGAGUGGAAGGUUGGUGUUCAAGGCCUAGCACUGCCAAGUUGCCACUGUUAGGCCCUUAAGCAAGGCCCUUAAUCCCUUUCUUCUCCAGGGGCUCUGUAUCAUGGCUGCCUCUAAGCUCUGACCCUAACUUCCAAAGAUGAAAUAUUCAAAGAAAUAAUUCCACUUUGCGGUAAAGCAUGUGUCAAAAAUAAAGGAUCCUUUUAUUUAAAAAACUGGAUGUGUAUAAAGGUUUAUGCAUAUUUUGAUAAAAUAAUAACUCGAUACUCUAUGAGUGAAGAACUGAACUGUGCAUAAGCUGGGAAUUUCCAGUACUCUUUAACACAGUUAAAGUAAAAAAAUGUUUUUUAACAACUGCAGUUUUUGUUGUUAUUUUGUUCAUUUUUACCUGCUAUUAUUAUUAAGUAUUUAAGUACAGAUUAGGUGGUUAUUUAUUGUGAAUGUACUUAAUUGAAAUGAAAAAAUCUAUAAUUAUCCCUAUGAUAACAGUGUGUUUUCUUUACCACUUUUAAAGAGAUCAAAUGUAGAAGCGCACAGCUGACUGACCUCUAACUUUAUUCUUCAUGUAGAUGAUUAAAGAUGAUUGAGAACUUCA